CGCGCCCCAUUUAGCUUAUCGCUGUCUAGACCUUCUAUACUUUGUCAGAAGUUCGUCACCAGUACCGUCUGACCAUCAGGAUUUCCAACCACUCCACUGUUCUCCGAUUGAAUCCGAGAAAACGGUUGCGAUUACGAAAGAAAGGUUCGGAUACAAUCAGCAAAGGCAGAUAAUUAUACAACGCUCAUAGUAGCCUCUGGCGUUAUCUCCUGCAAUUGCAGGCCUUGAGCCAUAGUUAUGUCUGGCAAGAUGAAUCGCAAAUCCAGAUACCAUCCGAGUGAUGCUGUAGCACCUAAUACCGGCAGCUCCACGAAAAGUCCGCCCUCGCAUUCAGCGUCCACACCGGCAGGCAAGGCCUCGCAAGGAGGAGGCCAACAUGCUGCACAGACAGGACAGAGACUUCCAGCUGUCAUCUCGACCCCAACUCUACAAAAGGGCAUCGCCGGAGGCAGUCAUCGACCAAUUGACCAGACCUUCAAGAUGAACCCCUUGAACGGUACAAUGGCUUUGGCCUUACCAAUCCCAGUAACUGAGGGCCGUGGCGGGUUUGGUCCGAAGUUGGAACUCUCGUACAAUUCGGGCUCGGGAAAUGGUUACUUCGGACUUGGCUGGCAACUGAAUUUGAGUUCCAUCACCCGUAUGACCUCCAAGCGUACUCCCAUGUACGAUGAGACCGACACUUUCUUGCUGAGCGGCGAGGACGAGUUGGUCCGUAUGGGUGACCCUGAACGCAUUGGCGAUGAAUUUUCGGUUCAGUCGUAUCAACCUCGAGUCAUGGGAGAUGCUCUGAAGAUCGAACAAUGGAGUCGAUUGACAGAUCCUUCCGAUGUCCACUGGAGGACGAUUUCGGGCUCUAAUGUGACUUGCAUUUAUGGCCAGUCGAGCCAAACGCGAACCUCCUGCAAGGAUCAGUCUGGCCGCACCUAUAUCUUCUCUUGGCUACUAUGCAGUUCAUACGAUCCCUUCGGGAACUUAAUCACCUAUGAAUACAAGGAUGAGAACACGCAGGGUUUUGACACCUUGUCGCCUGAAGCGCGAUUGCAGGAACAGAAUCGAGCCAUGGAAACAGUUGGACGUGCAAAGUACUUGAAGGCGAUCAAGUACGGCAAUGCACUUCCUAAUCGAGAUAUUAGUAGUUGGAAGCCACUCGAACAUGACGGGCAAUACCACUUCCAAGUAGUUCUUGACUACGGAGAACAUGACAUCGACAACCCGGAUGUUCAGGCAGAAUCACCCUGGGUGGUCAGACAAGACAGAUUCUCAACAGCGGCAGCCGGCUUUGAAGUACGCUGGCUACGGCUGUGUCGCCGCAUUCUCAUGUUCCAUUACUUUCCGAAGGAGCUGUCAGAGAAGCAUUGUCUCGUGCGUUCUGUUUCGAUGCAGUAUCAAGAGUCAUCCGUGGCCUCUUUCUUAUCUUCACUAACAGAACGGGGGCAUUGGUUCAAUCACGAAACGAAUGAGAUGCAACAUCAAGCGCUACCGCCAUACACUUUCCAGUAUAACAUGCCGAUCGAUGUGUCCAGCGCCAAAGUCGAGCACAUGAAUACCGAUAAUCUGCCGAAUUUACCCAGCCCAGGUGGGAAUGAGUGGCAAUGGGUGGAUUUGUUGGGAGAGGGAGCGCCUGGGCUACUUGAACAACGUCCCGACGGUUCUUGGAACUUCCGUAAGAACUACAAUAUCAUAGAUGAAUCAUCAGUUCCGAAGUUCGAUUCAUCUAUGACCAUACCUGCCCGACCGAACCGAAACCUGGGCAAAUCGGCUUACUUUGAGGACUUGAACCAAGAUGGAAAGCUCGAACUAGUGUGUCUAGACGACAUAAACAGGUUGGAAGGCUUCUACCACCAAUAUGAUGAGGGAUGGAUUGGUUACACUACCUUCUCGUCAACUCCAAAUCGAGAUACCACCGCAGUCUUCUUCAAGCAGCUUGAUCUCACUGGAAAUGGGCUUGCAGAUCUUGUGGCAGUUGAUGCCGUGAAUAGAGAGAUUAUGUGGCAAGAAAACUUGGGCGCAGCUGGAUUUGCUCCAUUGAGGGAAUGCGUCAACAGUACGGGUGUUCCGCAGCUGAUGUCUGAUGACCCUACGGUACAGGUCACUCUUGCUGAUAUGACAGGUGACGGUCGGUCAGAUGUCGUACAGGUCUCUUCAGGCUAUGUCAAGUACUGGCAGAAUCUAUCAUACGGACAAUUCAGUGACCCGGUCUGUAUGUACAAUGCCCCAAAGCUGGAUAGUGAUAUCUCCAUUGCCGAAAGAAUACGCCUUGUUGAUAUCAAUGGAUCGGGUACCAACGAUCUGAUCUACAUGCCUGCAGGUGGUGGUCUGCACGUUUAUUUCAACCAAGCAGGAAACGGCUGGAGUGAUCCACAGAUUCUGGAGUCAUUCCCGUCGGUUGACCAGCUGAGUAGCGUCUCUACGGUGGACCUGUUUGGUAAAGGGACGGCAUGUUUAUGUUGGAGCGGCAAGGUACUUGGGUCAAACUCAGCGCAGACUCUCUACUAUGUCGACCUUGCCCCUGGACCAAAGCCCAACUGCCUAGCUACAUACCAAAAUGGGAGGGGAUCGCGAGUAGAAGUCUCGUAUCGGUCUUCCAACUGGUAUUACCUCCAGGAUGAGCGUGCAGGAGCACCAUGGGCUACAAAAAUAGGGUUUCCCGUUCAGUGUGUCAGUCAAGUCAGGUUCUUGGACGAUACAACUGGACUUUUGAACACCAAGAGUUUCACUUAUCAUGAUGGCUACUACGAUGCUCCCGAUAGGGAGUUUAGAGGCUUUGGGAUGGUCGAACAGCUUGAAUCGACUGUUUUCAACGCCGAUACGUCAUCAGAAUACCGCCAAACAGCUACCAUCACCAAAACCUGGUUUCAUACAGGGGCAAUGACACCAACUAAGUGCCGUCUAGAGCGAGCAACCUCUGGAGCUCUUUUCGGUUCUUACUGGUGCGUAGAGUCAUUCAAGCUCGAAGAUCGGCGUGACUGCUGCCGGGCCCUCAAAGGAAUGCAGCUCCGAGAAGAAAUUAUUGGCCACGUUGGGACUGCACUUACAGAACAUGCCUAUCAAGUGACAGAUACUGCUCACCAAGUGGUCCAGCUCUCUCCUAGGAAAGGCGUAUUGCAGCCAGGCACAUAUCGUUGCGUGCCACGCGAAAUACUCAAGACUCACAAUGAUCGGUCGCCGGAAUCAUUACCACGCUACAGCCACGAACUCAUCCUAGAGACGAACAGAUUCAAUGAUAGACUGAAGUCAAUGGAAAUUUUCUAUGGGCACUCAGGCGGAGAGGCCCUGGAUUCUGUCCAGAAGGAAAGUGUCCUGACGUACAUAGAGAACGAAUAUUGUCUGCCUGUCCUCGACAAGGACAAUGGGAUCUUCGUAAAGCCAAUGCCGUCAGUCACUCGCAAAUAUCGUAUUGUUGGUCUGGACUGGUCAAGCAAUAACAUACAAUCGGCCUUUACCAAGUUUACUAGUGGCAGUUUCCAGGUAUUGCGGAGUAUUCCCGAAGUCCCAUACACAGAUCAGAUUCUACCUCCAUGUUCUUCAGAAGCCCGAGUAAAGAUCGAAGAGAGACGGACAUUAUAUCGCAACCAGGACUUCUCUCAAGUACAGCCAUUACCUCUGGGGCAAUUUCAGGCUUACUCGGUGAUCCAUGGUAUUCUUGACCUAGCUGGAGGAGACAGAUGGUUUCAAGCCCUGCUCAAGGACUAUUUACCUGAUAAUUCAGACUUGGAUAGCUUUAUGACUACAUAUGGGUAUAUCAAAACAACGGAGGAAAACGGCACUACUCUUUGGUGGCGCCUUUCUUCGCGUAAUCUUUUUGGUCCUGACGCAAAAAAUGAACUCGCCAAGGCCAGAAAGUGCUUUUACACACCGACGAUCACCCAGGAUCCCUUUGACAACCGGAGUACAGUUCAGAUGGAUGACUAUAACCUACUGCCAAGGCUUUCUACUGAUGCGGUUGGAAAUGUCACCAAUGUGGAUAUGGAUUACAGAUACAUGUCUCCAUCGUGUGUCGUUGAUCCAAACCGCAAUCGAACCACCUAUAGCUACGACCUGUUGGGUAGAGUCGUGGCAACAGCCCGAUCUGGGAAAGAGAAAGAAUCAGUUGGUGACAAUCUCAACACAACAGUCAAGCUACCCUCACAAGCUGACAAGGAUGUUUUCUUUGCAUGUCCGACGCAAGAGGCUGCUUUCAAGCUUUUAGGUGGUGCCACUAGUUACCGCCUGUACUACGAUGCUCAAGCCAAGCAUCCCAGAGCGCUUUUGGAUACCAGUCCCACUGCCUUUAUCGACAUCAGUCGAACUUCCCACCAUGCGGAUGGAGCCAGUGCUAGUGAUAUUUCCAUAUCGAUCACUUACCUGGAUGGCAAUCUUGCUGAGCUGCAAACGAUCAGCUUGACUGGCACAGUCGAGGAUGGAUAUAAGUGGAACAUUGGUGAAUGGAGUUUACGAAAUAGCAGAGGGGACCCGGUUCGCACGUUUCAGCCAUGCUAUACCGAUUCGCAUGGGUUCAUUCAUUCUUCUGAGAGCCAGUCGAAAAUGACCACCAUGAUCUAUGAUCCCCUGGGCAGACUAGUCGGUACAUUCUAUCCUGACCACGCAUACUCGAAAGUGAGAUAUGAGACUUGGGCAACUACAAACUACGACAGAGGGGAUACAGUCUUGAUGGACCUCGCCGAGGACAAAGAUCUCAGUAUCUAUACCAGCGUUCUCGCAAAGGAGAACUAUAGUCCCAGCUGGCACGCUAGCGCGUCGACCCAAGAGCUUUCACGCAGGGCUGUAGCAAAGGUUUCGGAGGUUUACAGUGAGACACCCGAUAAGACUUAUCUGGAUGCGCAAGAGCGUCCAAUUCUAAGAAUCAGAGAUUGCAAAACGGCCAAGAUAAAGACGCGGAGUAGUUACAGUCUAGCAGGGCAUUUGGCCCAAACAACAGAUGGUAGAGGUCGUCUUGCUGAAAGCGUAACCUCUGACUUGCUAGGCCGUGACAUACUCCGUCAAGGUAUGGACACUGGCAUGGUUUUUACCUUCCACGACUGCAUGGACCGCACUGUGAUACUGAUGGAUGGCCGUAACUGGAGGCAACGGUCGGUAUACGAUGCUGCAGGUAGAAAGACCCAUCUCUGGCUCUGGCAACACGGUGGAACCGAAUUCUUGGCAGAAUUAAUUCGCUAUGGAGAGGCUGUUGAAAACGCUGAGGCUUUGAACCUACGUGGAAAGGUAUGUGAGAUCCGGGAUCAAUCAGGAAUCCAGAAGAACAAAGUCUUUGACUUCAAAGGAAACUUUGUCGAGUCAACUACCCAGUUCACGACUGAAUACAAAGGCUCGAUCAACUGGGGAGCUGAGAGCAACCCCAAGCUGGACCCCGAGGUUUACACGGUUCGAAAGGCUUAUGAUGCCAUGGACAGAGUGGUCGAGUCAUAUGACGUCGAAGGUGCAGUCACAAGGCAUAGUUAUGGCAUCUCUGGACAGCUCAAUCGGGUUUCAUACAAGAGCAGAGGGCAGAAGGAGUAUCCCUGGAAAGAUUACAUGAGCGACAUCAGGUAUGCGGCUGAUGGACAACCGGAGCAAAUCCUGUACGGAAACGGUGUCUUGGCGACCUUUCAGUAUGACUUAGCGACCAGACUCAUGAAUCGAAAGAGACUCAUCCGCCAGAAUGACAAGAGAGUCAUGGAAGACACACAAUAUUCACACGAUGUUAUGCAUCGGGUGAUUCACUCCAACGAUGCCGCCCAGCCAGUUAAUUACUUAAACAACACUGUCGUUGAUGCAAGAUGCUCUUACACUUACGACACUAUUGGUCGUCUCUCAUCGGCCCAAGGUCGCGAAGAUGCCAAUACUAAUGCACGAGGGAAGUCAUCUGUUGGAAUACCUAGCGACAGUACCCGCAUCUGCAGAUACACGGAAGAGUACCAGUAUGAUGAUGCUGAUAACAUUACUCAAGUGAAACACCACGCAGGGCCAAAAGGUCAAAUGUGGGUGCGGAGCUAUGCGUACGAGGAAAAGAGUCUGGUCAAGGAAGGCGAGUCUGGAAAUAGGCUCAGCUACACUUCAAAGAGUGGUCAAACAGAAAAAUGGACCUACGGCGAUGGAGCCAACACUGGCUUUGCUGGUAGUGUCACUGCCGGUGGCGGGAUGCAUUCCAUGUACUGGGAUCCUUUCAACCGUCUCAAGUCUUGCUCAAGGCAAGUCAAGAAGAGUGGUGUACCAGAAACUACAUGGUAUGUGUACAACAGUGAAGGAAAGAGGGUACGGAAAAUAACGGAGCGAUCAUCGUCCGGGUCGGAUGAUCCAAGAAUGCUGAAAGAAACAACCUUCUUUUCCAAUUUGCACAUAUACCAGUGCAAGACUGGGGACGGAUCUGGCCACAGCAAGGAUAAACGCUACCAUCUGAUCCAUAGUGCCGAACAGAAACUCGUGGCCAUUGCUGAAGAGGACAAGGCUGUGUCUUCAGAGUCUUCCCCUCUAGUCAGAUAUCACAUGUCCGACAAGCUAGAGUUAGAUCAUUCGGGGCUUGUCAUAACUUACGAGGAGUAUUCACCCUUUGGAUCAAGCUCCUUUUCUCUUCGACGAUCGGAACAAGAGGCAUCCCGCAAGUACAGAUUUGCUGGCUACGAGAGAGAUAAAGAGACCGGGCUCUACUACUGCAACGCGCGGUACUAUGCUCCGUGGCUUGGGCGAUGGAUGUCACCAGACCCUAUCGGAACCAAGGAUGGGCUAAACUUGUACUGCUACUGCGGUAAUGACCCGGUGAACUACAUUGAUCCUACCGGAACUACGGGUCUGUUCAAGGCCAUGCGAAUAGCAGCAGUGCCACUAGCCAAGGCCGCGAUGAGAAUGAACGAAAUCACAAAAUCGGGUGCAGUGUUUGAGCCCUACCAGCGAUCCUGGCUCUCGGAGAUUUCCAAGCCGAGUCGAGGCUGCUCGGCGGCUUUCCUGGAUGAUGCCGGAUUCUUGACUGAGAAUGAAAAGUUGAGGAACCUGCAGGAAUACAACGCGAAGAUGGAACAGCAGGUACAACGUCCGCUGAGUCAUAUGUCUCCGGAACUCAUGAAGGAAAUGGGAACGUACGACAUUAAGCAGUACCUCACUGAAUUUGGGAAGGAAGGUCUAAUUCAGGGAGGCAAGGAGCUGGCCUUAUUUGGUGCUGCCGCGAUCGGCACCCGGAUUCCCCUACUAAGCAUGUCCUCGCCUUUAGGAUUUGUGCCCGGUAUUGUUUAUGGCGUUGCCUGCGAUACGGUCAUAGAUGCUGUAGCGGAGAAGAUUCGUGAGGGAAUGGCGGGUCCAAAUGAGUACGCGCAGGAAGACGCACAGAGCCACGUAGAAACGAUGAACAAGUUACGGCAGGGUCCGCGGGAAUUCGCACAGGGCUUAGCGCAGGAUUGGUUCAUGGGCCAUUUCCAGGAUAAAUGAGAUCAUCAUUUGCUUUCUCUUUUACUUUAGCUUUCGAAUCUGGUCUUGUUUUAUUGACACUACUUCUCUGAGUUGCU